GUACUCCGUACCUCUCCACGCGUCUCCGUCGCAGUCAACCCAACUCAACUCACCUCUACUAUACUCAACAAAACAAUGUCCAUCCCUAUAACUCUCUAAAAAAAACCCACCCAAGGACAAUGCCCCGCAACCUCCCCUGGCUCCUCGAGACCACCUCAACCAAAAACUCCCCUUCAUCUCGAGACACCACCCCGCCCGCACGACCACGCUCACGCCGCGCGACAGCAUCCACGAAACAAAAUGCGCCCACCCCCGGACCAAGUUCCAACUCGCGACCCCGCCACCGAGACUUCCUGAGAUCCUCACCAACACCGCCCUCCUCCCCAAUCCACCGCUGUCCAUCGGAAGAAUACAUACUCCCAAGCGACGAAAUCUACAUGAUGGUCGAAGACGAAUUCUACGCCGUCGCACAGACCUUCACGCAGCAUCUGCAUUACGCUGAAUACGUGCGCCGGAAGAAGGAGGUGAAGGCGUUGAAGCAGUUACAACAAUUUCAGAAGGAUGGACCGCUGCGGCCGACGGAUGGGGUUACGGUGUUGAGUGAGGAGCAGAAGAGGGUUCAGGCGCGGGGGGCGUUAGAAGCUAAGCAAAGGGUUGGGCUUGAGAGGUUGGGGGGUGGUGGGAGGCCGGUUGUUGAUAGUGAUGAUGAUACAGGAGACGAUGUGGGGGAUAAUCUGGGGCAGGAGGAGGAAGAGGAUGAGACUUGGGCGGGCACUUCGUUGCAUGAGUUGAUGGUUAGUCCUCGGAAGGUGCGCUCGUUGGUUGGGAUGCAGGGGAUUCGGUCUUCGACGAGGGCGGCGGCUGGGUUUGCGGUGGCGGGGACGGGGAGAGAUAUCGGGGAUGGUGAAUAUGAUGAAGAAACCGCAUCUGAUGACGACGAUGACCUGGACGCGCAUGUGAAACUGGAGACAACACCCACGGCGCAAAGGCGCUCACACAUGUUACGCUCGACAAGCUCGGAUUCGAAGACGUCAGACACCAAAACUACAACUCCCAGGGCCGAAAACGCGCGAUCUAUGAAUACUACCAGUACAGCUACAGCUACAUAUCGUACACCAACUCCUUCUUCCAUUAAUGCCAAGAGGAGAUUAUUCUUUGACGACUGGGACCAGCUGCCAGAGCCGCCCGAGUCGACCGUCCAGGGACAAUCCCGCCUGUCGUCGUCGUCCAGUGAAACUCCACCGCCGAUCCCCCGCGCCAGUGAUCCCAAGGCAAAGAAAUCGCGUCUCAACGAAGUGCCAACCUUCCUUCUUUAAAGCUGUCGGUUCCCAAGUGGCGUGCGAACAUUGCGUGCGAGCCUACACGCUGUGUGUGCGGCGUGACAAGGUGGUUGACACCGGGAUUUUUGGUUUGUGUCGCCGUCGCCGUCAUCGUCGUCGUUGUCUUUCUGGAGUAGUAUGCUUCUCAUUCCUCUUCGGAGGGCAGUGGCUUCGCGGCGGCCCGAACACUCAACUUGCGGACAUGAGUCUUGAUCUUGUCCCGGGUGGACGGUUGACGUUCGGUGGCCGUGAUGGCGAUGUCCUUCUCCUUCUCGAAAGUCGAUCCACGACUGUG